GAACUGGGGGGGCCCGGGUGGGGGAGGGGUAUAAAGCACCCCAAGGUGCCACCUCGGUGCCACCUCAGUGCCACCGCUGUCACCUCAGUGCCACCUGUGCCACCUGUGCCACCGCCAUGACCUUCGUGCCCCCGCCCGGGUACCUGCCCUCCUACAACCCGCCCCUGCCCUUCGUGGCCGCCGUGCCCGGGGGGCUCCGGCCCGGGAUGGCGAUUUACGUCCAGGGGGUGCCGGCCCCGCAGGCAGACUGGUUCCGGGUGAACCUGGCGGCGGGGCCCGAGGAGGAGGCGGACGUGGCGCUGCACCUGAACCCCCGUUUUGGGGCGGGGGUCGCGGUGCUGAACAGCCGCCGCGGGGGGCGCUGGGGGGACGAGCAGCGGCGGGAGCUGCACCCGCUCUGCCCGGGGGGACCCUUCGAGAUCGUCAUCAGCGUCACCCCCGAGGGGUACCGGAUCCUGGUGAACGGCACCUUCUACGAGGAGUUCCCGCACCGGCUGCCCCCGGAGCUGGUGACGGCCGUGAACGUGGACGGGGACCUGGAGCUGGGCUCGGUCUCGGUGCUGGGGGGCGCGGGCGCGUUUCCCCCGUGUGUCCCGGACGCACCGCAGGUCGCCCCCAUCUACCCCGACUAUAACCUGCCGGUGAUGGAGCAGCCCCCCACCCUGCACCCGCCCGUCCCAUUCAUCGCCACCAUCCCGGGGGGGCUGCUCCCCAAAAAAACCAUCGUCAUCAAGGGCUUCAUCCCCCUCCACGCCAACAGGUUCCACAUCAACCUGCGGGCGGGCCCGGGGGGGGACGUGGUGCUGCACCUGAACCCCAGGAUGGAUGAGGACGACGCCGUGGUCCGGAACUCGUUUUUGGGGGGCUCCUGGGGCCACGAGGAGCGCGACAUCUCCUGCUGCAGCCCCUUCCUGCGCGGCCGCUACUUCGACCUGUCCAUCCGCUGCGGGAACCAUCGGUUCAAGGUGUUCGCCGAGGGGCAGCCGCUCUUCCACUUCCACCACCGGGUGCCGGCCGGGCCCCACGUGGACGUGCUGGAGAUCGAGGGCGACGUCGUCCUGUCCUACGUCCACUUCUGACCCACAAGUGGCACUGCCACUGUCCCACAGCUGCCCUGGAACAGCCCCAGAACUGCCCUGGAACAGCCUCAGAACUGCCCCACAACUGCCCCAUAACUGCCCUGGAACAACCUCAGAACUGCCCCACAACUGCACUGGAACAGCCCCACAACUGCCCCAUAACUGCCCUGGAACAACCUCAGAACUGCCCCACAACUGCCCCAUUACUGCCCUGUAAUUGUCCCAGAACUGCCCCAGAAUUGUUCUGGAAUUGCCCCAUUACUGCCCCAGAACUGCCCCAUUAUUGCCCCAUAAUUGCCCUGUUAUUGGCCCAUUAACGCCCCAUUCCUAGUCCAGAAUUGCCCCAUAACUGCCCCAUAACAACCCUAUUACUGCCCCAUAACAGCCCUAUUACUGUCAAUAAAGAACUGCCCCCUAAUUGUCCUCUCCCAACACUGACCUCAAUAAAACUGUUCCUGCUCCA